AUGAGUCGCCUUCUUUUCGACCAUGACUCUCGGUUGGCAUAUAAGAAAGUAAUGCCGAUCUUCACCAACAUCUACGACAACCUCGAUGCGCCCAAUCAGAUCAGACUACCUCAUUACACGAAAAAUGAGGACUUGAUGACUCUUCGAUCGGUGUUGCGUGAUAUCAGAGCAUUGUCCAGCUCUGUCAACAAAAAUCUAGUGGAUCUUGAGAAUGAGUUGAUUGAGCAGGCGGCAGAACUAGGCAACAAUGACGCCAUCGCCAUGUUGGCCUUCGAAGCAAUAGGACUGCCAGACACCACAAAAGAAGAUUAUGAACAUGCCAACAAGCUUAUAAAGGAGCUCCAGGAUGUCAAGCACCCUCUUGUGUUCAAAUUAGCUGGCGAUUUUGCAUUCUCCAAGGGCCACCACGAGCAGGCAGCACAAUACUGGAAUCAGUUUUUGGAACUUGAGGACGACUCCAUCAUCUCCAGUCAUGUUUACACAAGCUUGGGCAUGUACCACUUCAAUUAUACGGCUCUGCCCAACUUGACAAAAUCUAGAGAAUACUUUGAAAAGGCAGUCAAGCUUGGUGAGCUCGACACCACCAUCGUAAAGGCUCACUUUUACUUAGGUCAACUUUACUCAUUGACUGAUCCAGUAAGAUCACGCUACCAUCUCGAAAUAAGUGCAUCAAAGGGCCUUCAAGAGAGCUUUCCUUCGCUUGGGUUCUUAGAACUCAACGUCUUUGACAAUGCCGCUAAAGCCAUUGAAUGGUUUAAGCUUGGCGUCGAAGGAAACAAUGACAUCACAUGUCUAGUAGGCCAGUUUGAUGCUCAUAUGAAGACCAAAAAUUUCAAAAAAGCAUCAAGUAUACUUGCCAACCUUACUGACCUUAAGCAAAAGUUGGACGCACUUGCUAAGCGACAAUUUAAAACAGUUCCUGAAGCAUUCAAAACUCAUGCUGAAACCAAUCAUGCAUUACUUGCAAUCUUCUUCGAUACACGCAAAGAAGUGAUUCGCAAGCUCACGUCAUCAUAG